CAUCGGCAUUCAGUGUCAAAGCGUCUUUGUCCUGCUCGUUUGUUGACUUCUCACAGGCAGUUACAUUAAGCCAUUGUCUGUUGAACAAGACUGAACGUACAACAAAGCCAAGGAGACAAAGUAUGACAGUCUUUGUCCGUUCUGCUAUACUCCAACAGAAACAUACUUAAGAGUGACAUGCACUGUGCAUAUGAUUCUCCACAAACACAGACAUCAGCGGCCACUUCAACAUCUACAGUUCAGUAUCUACACUUCAGCAUCUGCACUUCAGCAUCUGCAUCUCCGCAUUUAUUCAUACACUUCGGUAUCUACUCGCACACUUUGGCAUCUACUUGAACACUUAUUCGCAAUGCCUCCUAAGAAGAUCACUACCGCUCCCACUGGGCGCGUCACGACCCGCUCUGGAGCGAAGCAGCCCACUGCUGUGAAGAAGCCUACUGUCGCGAGGAAGCCUACUGUUGCAAAGAAACCCACUGCUGCGAAGAAGCCCACCACCAAGAAGGCCGACCCCAAGUCCAAGCCCACCUCUUCCGGCAAGCGCAAGACUCCCUCCCCUGGCUCAGACGAGGACGUGUUCGCCACCGCCAUCGAGGAGCCCGCCUCGAAGCAGCCCAGGAUAAGAGACAGGCCCGCACCCGCGCCGGCCCCAGCUCUUACAACAUCUGCCCUGACUGUGACUUCUGUGGUCCCCGUACCACCUGCAGCUCCCACUGCUGCGGCCCCCACACCCAUCGACCCCACUGCCCUCACUGCCCAAAUCGUCCGCUCUGUCGACGGCACCAUGCGCCCCUACCUCGCCAUCCUCGAGCCCCUGAUGGACUUCCACGUCGCUUGCGCCAAGCUCGACGGCCGCCAGAGCGAGGAGGUGCUGACGCAUCAGAUGGAGGUUCGGAGCCUUGUUGAAGCUUUGAAGAGGAAGGGUAGGGAGGCGAAGACGAAGCAGAAGACAAAGGAAAACACAGAGGGGAAGAUAGUGGGGAUUUUGAGGACCAGGCAGAUGUCGAUGGAUCCGGAUGACACGUUUGCUAAUGGAUUUAGUGAUGAUGAGGAGCCGUUUCAUGGGGGGUAUGGUUGUAAGGGUGAUAUGGAGCCCCCAGAGGGAGGGUUUUGAUUUUCAUUACUCGUGUGCUUUGCGGUGAACGUCGAGGGCUUCUGCUGCCGUAUGCGCAGACGUCCUUCACAGCGCUUGGGACCCGAUAUGUGAGUCGAGACUCGCCUUCGUCAUGAGGUUACUCAAGAGGUUCUGAUGGUAGGAAAGAUGAUGAGCGUUAUCGACAAUGUAUCAAUACUUUACUUUGCUU